UCAAUUUGAUACCUUCAGUCAAUACGAAUCAACAUGAAAUUUGUAGCCAUCUUUUGCCUACUUGGUGCCCUUUUUGGUCUAAACUAUGCCGACCAGGAUCCGGUUUGUGGACUGCCACCAGGUGAAAGCGGAAAGUGUAAGGCCUUUACUAUAAAGUUUACAUAUUACGCUUCGAUCCAUAGCUGCAAGAAAUUCCUCUAUGGCGGCUGUGGAGGCAAUGCAAAUCGUUUCGAUACCCAGAAACAGUGUGUGGCAAAGUGCAAAAAGUAAAGAGAGCUAAUUCAUAUGCAUGUAAUAUAUAUACUUUGGUUGUUUAAAGAAUUAAAUAAAUUGGGGUUGGUUUUUUUUGGUUUCCAU